AGUUGGAGAAGAAGCUCGUGACGGUUAGAGACGGACGUGCUCGUGGUUGUUUUGGGUGCGCGCGCAGUUCUUCCGGGACACACCUUGAUCAGCUGAAGACGGAAGUGUUGAUCAGUUUUCUGACGGAACCAAGGGAACUUUAAUCGAUCCAGGACCGAAGUCAUGACGAAGGUUCUGGUUCUUCUGGGCCUGGCUGCCUUCUGCUCCCUGGCUGCAGCUCAGUGUGUGUGUCAGUCCAUGAAGUGGGCCACCUGCGACCCAGUUGGCUCUGGUUGUCAGUGCACGAUUCUGGUCGGUGCUGGUGAGAAAAAAACCCUGAACUGCUCUGUCUUGGUUCCGAAGUGCAUCCUGAUGAAGGCGGAGAUGUACCGGGCCAAGAACAACCUGGGCACCCGCACCAUCGGAGGCAAGCCGGUGGAGUCGGCCUUCACCAACAACGACCCGAUCUACGACCCGGAGUGCGAGAACGACGGUAAAUUCCGGGCCAAGCAGUGCAACGGCACCGCAGAGUGCUGGUGCGUGAACAGCGCCGGGGUCCGCAGGACCGACAAGGGCGACAAGGAAAGCAUCACGUGUCCCGAGCUGGUGGAGACCUUCUGGGUUCGUCUGCAGCUGAAACACAAGCCGGUGCCGACCAAACUGGAUGAAGGCCAACUGCAGAGCGCCAUCGGGGACGCCAUCAGAGACCGCUACGGCUUUGACAGGAGCCUGGUCAAAGAGAUUCAGUACGACCCAGAAGCCCGGCGCAUCGUGGUGGACGUGAAGAAGCCUGAGGACAACAAGGACAUCAACCUGGCCCACAUGGCCUACUACAUGGAGAAGGACGUCAAGGUUCUGCCCCUGUUCACCAACCAGAACACGUUCUCUCCCAAAGUGGGCGAUCAGACUGUGGACAUGGAGGACAUCCUGGUGUACUACGUGGACACCAA